AUGGAUACUCCAUCCUCCGGCACUGUUGACCUAGAGCACGGUGGCGGUGCGAUUCGCAAACGUUUAACCCUGACCUUUCGAAACUUAAAUGUCCGAGUCACGGCUCCCGAUGCAGCCCUAGGCGAUACACUACUGUCCUAUGCCGACCCACGACAACUCCUAGAUGUCUUUCGGAGUAGUCGACAGAACAAAAGGACUAUCCUCAAGGAUAUUAAUGGACAAGUCAAACCAGGCGAGAUGCUGCUAGUAUUAGGUCGGCCUGGUGCCGGAUGCACUUCUUUCCUUCGAGUUCUUUCAAAUGACCGAGAUUCGUUCGACGAAGUGAGUGGUGAGACUUGGUACGGAAGUAUGGACCAUAAAGAAGCAAAGAAAUUCCGACAGCAGAUCAUGUUCAACAAUGAAGACGACAUCCACUUUCCGACAUUGACGGUCAACCGAACUAUGAAGUUUGCUUUGAGAAACAAGGUCCCUCGAGAGCGUCCCGAACAUCUACAGGAGAAAAAUGAAUAUAUACAGGGUACAAGGGACGGUAUCCUAGAAUCUCUGGGAAUCGCACAUACCAAGAAGACAUUAGUGGGAAAUGAGUUCAUUCGUGGCGUGUCUGGCGGAGAAAGAAAGCGUGUAUCUUUGGCUGAAGUAAUGGCUGGCCAGAGUCCCGUCCAGUUUUGGGAUAACCCCACGCGCGGCCUUGAUUCAAAGACUGCGGUCGAAUUUGCACGUCUCCUGCGCCGUGAAGCGGACCAGAACGACAAAACCAUGGUGGCCACCAUGUACCAGGCAGGAAAUGGUAUCUACGAUGAAUUUGACAAGAUCUUGGUUCUUGCAGAAGGGAGGGUCAUUUACUAUGGUCCCAGGACUAUGGCACGAGCGUACUUUGAAGAUAUGGGAUUUGUUGUUCCAAAAGGUGCCAACAUUGCCGAUUUCCUAACUUCAGUCACGGUGAUUACCGAACGUAUUGUCCAACCAGGGUUGGAGGAGAAGGUUCCCAGUACUCCUGAGGAAUUCGAGUCUCGAUUUCUUGCAAGCGACAUCAAUGCGCAGAUGCUGGAAGCUAUUGAGCCACCAGAGAAACUUACACACGAGAAGGACGAUCUGGUCAUGGCAGUGGCUAACGAAAAGAAAAAGAAACAUCUUCCCCGGCCUCAGAGUGUAUACACAACGAGCCUCUGGGACCAGAUCCGUGCUUGCACAGUUCGGCAAUUCCAAAUUAUGGCGGGAGAUAAACUUUCCCUUGCCAUCAAGAUCGUCUCAGCCAUUCUGCAGGCGCUAGUCUGUGGCAGUAUUUUCUAUAACCUGAAACUGGAUAGUUCCUCUAUUUUCCUUCGCCCUGGUACACUCUUCUUUCCAUGUCUCUACUUCCUCUUGGAGGGUUUGUCAGAGACAACGGGUGCAUUCAUGGGUCGCCCUAUUCUCUCCCGCCAAAAGCGUUUUGGCUUCUACCGUCCAACAGCAUUCUGCAUUGCCAAUGCUAUCACGGAUAUACCCGUCGUGAUCGUGCAAAUUUCAUGCUUUUCAUUGAUCCUGUACUUCAUGUCUGCGUUGCAGAUGGAUGCCGGCAGAUUCUUUACCUACUGGAUUAUGCUUAUCGCUCUAACUCUGUGUUUCAUGCAGCUCUUCCGGGCUGUUGGUGCGUUAUGCAGGAAGUUUGGAGUUGCAUCGAUGAUAUCGGGAUUGCUGUCGACCAUCUUCUUCGUUUACGGGGGUUAUCUUAUCCCAUUCGAGAAAAUGCACGUUUGGUUCCGCUGGAUCUUCUACCUCAACCCUGGUGCAUAUGCAUUUGAGGCACUCAUGGCAAAUGAAUUUUCUGGGUUGAAGCUUGACUGCGUCUCACCUGACUAUAUUCCUUAUGGGGCAGGAUAUCCAGACUCGUCAUCUGCCUACCGUGGCUGCUCUGUGCUGGGCAGUGAUGAAAAUGGACUCAUUGAUGGGGCCGCAUAUAUUCGGGAGCAGUACCACUACUCAGUCGGCCAUAUCUGGCGCAGCUUCGGUGUCAUCAUUGGCAUGUGGGCAUUUUUCAUUUUCCUUACCGCUGUGGGCUUCGAAAAACUCAACAGUCAAGGGGGGUCAUCCGUGCUCCUCUAUAAACGUGGAAGUCAGAAGCAGCGCACUUCGGAUAUGGAAAAGGGUCAGCAGGUUACGUCCCAGCCAACAGCAAACGCUGGUGCUCUUUCAAAUACCGCCAAACAGUCAACAUUUACGUGGAACAAUCUUGACUAUCAUGUCCCCUUCCAUGGUCAGAAAAAGCAGCUUCUGGACCAGGUGUUUGGUUAUGUAAAGCCUGGUAACCUUGUCGCACUCAUGGGUUGCUCUGGUGCUGGUAAAACAACGUUGCUUGAUGUUUUGGCUCAACGGAAAGAUAGUGGCGAGAUUUAUGGGUCCAUCCUAAUUGACGGCCGGCCUCAAGGGGUGAGCUUUCAGCGAACCACAGGUUAUUGUGAACAGAUGGAUGUGCACGAAGCAAGUGCGACGGUCCGGGAAGCAUUAGAAUUUUCUGCUCUUCUCCGUCAGCCUGCAUCAGUUUCUCGAGAAGAAAAACUGGCGUACGUAAAUCACAUUAUUGAUCUACUGGAGCUGAGCGACAUCAGUGACGCUCUGAUUGGCAUCCCCGGAGCCGGCCUCAGUAUCGAGCAGCGGAAGAGAGUCACACUAGGUGUUGAACUGGUGGCAAAGCCGACUCUGCUGUUCCUCGAUGAGCCUACGUCGGGUCUAGAUGGUCAGUCGGCGUACAACAUUAUUCGAUUCUUGAGAAAGCUAGUGGAUGGUGGUCAAGCAGUCUUGUGCACCAUUCACCAACCCUCUGCUGUAUUAUUUGAUGCCUUUGAUUCGCUGCUUCUCCUUGCUAAGGGCGGUAAAAUGACAUAUUUUGGCGAGACUGGCCAGGACUCCACCAAGGUACUGGACUAUUUUGCAAGAAACGGCGCUCCCUGCGAACCCGAUGUCAACCCAGCCGAACAUAUUGUGGAGGUUAUUCAGGGCAACACUGAGAAGAAGGUUGACUGGGUUGAAGUCUGGAACCAAUCUGAGGAGCGUCAGCGAGCCAUGGCCGAAUUAGAAGCUUUGAACAACGAGCGGAAGCAGAACACACAGGAGGAGGAAGAUCAAUCUGACUUUGCAACUUCUCAUUGGUUCCAAUUCAAGAUGGUCUUGCGCCGUCUCAUGAUUCAAUUGUGGCGGUCACCGGACUAUAUCUGGAGCAAGAUCAUUCUCCAUGUCUUCGCAGCUCUGUUCAGCGGUUUUACCUUUUGGAAAAUGGGUAACGGCACGUUUGACCUCCAACUUCGUCUCUUCGCUAUCUUCAACUUCGUUUUUGUCGCUCCAGGAUGUAUCAACCAAAUGCAACCAUUCUUCUUACACAAUCGCGAUAUUUUUGAGACCCGCGAAAAGAAGUCCAAAACAUACCAUUGGCUCGCCUUUAUCGGCGCUCAAGCCGUCUCAGAAAUUCCAUAUCUCAUUAUCUGCGCAACUCUUUACUUCGCAUGCUGGUACUUCACUGCAGGCUUCCCUGUCGAGGCUAGCAUCUCCGGCCACGUCUACUUACAGAUGAUCUUUUACGAAUUCCUCUACACAUCGAUCGGCCAAGCCAUUGCCGCAUAUGCUCCAAAUGAAUACUUUGCCGCCAUCAUGAACCCGAUUCUCCUCGGUGCUGGCCUGGUCUCCUUCUGCGGUGUCGUCGUUCCCUACUCAGCGCUGCAGCCCUUCUGGCGCUACUGGAUGUACUACCUGGAUCCAUUCACGUACCUAGUCGGGGGGCUCCUAGGUGAGGUCCUCUGGGACGUGCAGGUGGAGUGUAAGGCGUCCGAACUUGUGCAUUUCAGUGCGCCAUCCGGUCAGACGUGCGGCCAGUACAUGGCCGACUUCCUUAGCGAGCAGGCGGGCUAUCUUCUUGACCCGAACUCGACUGCUAGCUGCUCGUUCUGUCAGUACUCCACUGGAGCGGACUAUGCCAAGACGUUCAACUUGAAGGAGAAGUACUAUUCUUGGAGAGAUACUGGUAUCACUGCACUCUUCUGCAUCAGUUCUUACGGACUGGUGUUCUUGAUGAUGAAGUUGAGGAGUAAGAAGACUAAGAGUGCGAGGUCAGAGUAA